AUGGAUUUGUCUCGUCGUUUUUCAGACCAAAUUAUGAACCCGUUACUACCCACGGAGGCAUCGGCAUCGGCAUCCCUUGCUUUGCCAAUGGGUCCAAACAGUGGAGCUCUUGCUACCGGGUCUGGGACAACGGUCUCGAGUGCAUUGAGAAAUGAUUUGGGAUCGAACAUUCAUGUGCUGAAAACACUGAAUCUUCGCUUUCGCUGCUUUCUUGCUAAAGUUCAUGAGUUAGAACGAAGAAACAAACUGCUGGAAACUCAGUUGCAACAUGCUUUGGAACAGUCCCGUUACCGUGCCCUUUUUAAUCGUGAACAAGGAGUGCAAACCGAUGUGGAGCUACCAGUUGCCGGGUCGUUGGUCCAGUCGCGUUACCCUGGUAAAAUCUGGAGUUUCUCCCACAUCCGAAGAUAUGGGGGACAAUAUGAGGCUCUUCUAGGGCCGGGGGUGUCCUGGACGCAUCCGGACGGUGUUGGCGUUCAAAUCGACACCGUCACUCCAGAGUUAAGGGCCCUUUAUAAUGUUUUGGCCAAAGUUAAGCGAGAACGAGACGAAUACAGGAGAAAAUGGGAGGAGGAGCUGUCCAGACGCCAGCAGAUGGAGUCCACGGUGAAAACACUGCAGGAGAGUGCUCAGGAGUCAGAAAUCAUACAGGAGGAACUAACAGAGAAAGUGGAACGACUGAAAACAGAGCUGGUGGUGUUUAAAAGUCUCAUGACUGAUCAAAUGUCAGACUUGGAUACCAAAAUCCAGGAGAAAGCCAUGAAGGUGGAUAUGGACAUCUGCAGGCGUAUUGAUAUCACAGCCAAGUUAUGUGAUGUGGCCCAGCAGAGGAAUUCAGAGGAUAUGACUAAGAUGUUUCACACAAGCCCAUCUAGAGCUGCUCCUGAACAGAACAGGGGUACAGUGGCUGUGGCAUGCAGGAAGAAAGAGAAUAAAGAAACAUCAGAGGAGGAAAGUGGAGAGAUGAAGGGAGACUCACAGACUGCAGAAGGAGAGGAGGAAGUGGCAGGAUCUCUCAAUAUCACAGAUGAGAUGAAACGCAUGCUCAACCAACUGAGGGAGACGUUUGACUUUGAUGAUGACUGUGACAGUUUGGCUUGGGAGGAAAAUGAAGAGACACUGUUGCUAUGGGAAGACUUCACCAACUAUCACACACACACUGUGUCAGGGGAUGGAAGUCUGGGGAGCCUUAUAGAUGCUACUGAAUCUCUCUUUAAAAGCAGAGAGCAGGAGUAUCAGGCAACUAUUGGACAAAUUGAGAGGGAGCUAGCUACUGCUAAGAAUGACAUGAACAGGCACCUGCAUGAAUACAUGGAAAUGUGCAGUAUGAAACGGGGUCUGGAUGUACAAAUGGAGACCUGCAGAAGACUCAUCAAGAGAUCAGAGGCCACUGGAAGACACUCUCCGUCCUUCAGCUCUGUGGCCAGCAGCGACUCAGGGAACACUGACGACAUGCAGGAUGAGCUGGAGAGAGAUGGAGAGAGUGUGAUGCAGGAUGUCUAA